UAGUUUUCAUUGUAUGCAAUCAACACCCGGCUCACCCGGGGCAUGAAUAGAAUCCCCCCUAUAUUAGUGAAUGUACACCAAUAAUUUUCGGUGUGACAGAGCGCUAUAUGUUACAGUGAUUUCAAUUGGUUGAAACCUAUUGCGAGAAAGAAGACUUCUUACGUAUCAGGUCGAGUUUACUUUGAGGAACCGGAGGGACAACUUUCACAUUGCAUUUCGAUGAACGAGGGUAGUGAUAAACGUGGUUUGGGACUGGACUCAAGUGUAGUUUUCGUGACUUUGUAGGACCUCGGACCCCACGCUCCGACCAACAUUUUAUCGACCUCAGAAUAGCAGAGCAGAUAGCAAGGGUCUCUUUGGACCAGCAACAAGCAUGCUAACUUCUCUGUUCGCAUUUGGAACUGUUAUUCGUGCUUGUUAUGCGUAUGAUUUAUUUGAAGUUCGUGGGUAAUCGGGGAGAAAUUUAAACCCGUUUUUUUUUUUUAAAGUCAAAAUUACUAUGUUGGGGAAUGAGGGGAUCUAUGCAGCGAAGAAGAGGAAGAAACCCGUCCAGAAAAGUCUGAAGCAUGUUCCAGGUGAUGGUGUGGUAAAGACCAACCCUUCAAAACGUCACCGGAAUCGUCUGAACGGGGAGCUUGACCGGCUGACCAGCCUGCUGCCCUUCUCCCCAGAGGUCAGGGGUAGGUUGGACAAAUUGUCUGUCCUGCGGCUCAGUGUGGGAUAUGUCAAGGUCAAAAGCUUCUUUCAUGCGACCCUCCAGAAGAAGUGUGAGUGGCCGGCCCCCCCUCUCAGUGGGAACUGUAGGAACGGACGGACAGCCACUUCUAUAGACGGAGUCAGCCUCUCCGAGGGAAACCUACUGCUGCAGGCCCUGAAUGGUUUUGUCCUGGUGGUCACCACUGAUGACUCUAUCUUCUACGCCUCUCCAACCAUCCAGGACUACCUGGGCUUCCACCAGUCUGAUGUGGUGCACCAGAGUGUGUAUGAGCUGAUACACAUGGAUGACAGAGCCAUGUUCAGGUGUCAGCUUCACUUCGCCCUCAAACCCAACCAGCCCGACUCAGAGGCCGGACCAGAUGCCAUCGAGUCUAGCAGCAGGCCCCACAGUGAGUCUAUGAGCUACCCGCCCCAGCACAUCCCUGAAGAGAACAGGUCCUUCCUAGAGAGAAGCUUCUGCUGUCGCUUCCGCUGUCUCCUAGACAACUCCUCCGGCUUCCUGGCGUUGAACUUCCAGGGACGUCUGAAGUAUGUUCGAGGCCAGGGAAGGCUGGGGGAUGACGGGGCCUCGGACCCCGCUCAGCUGGCCCUGUUUGCCAUCGCCACACCCAUGCAGACCCCAGCUGUCAUGGAGAUCAGGACCAAGACACUCAUUUUCCAGACCAAACACAGACUCGACUUCGCCCCCAUAGGCAUAGAUACUAGAGGUAAAGUGGUGCUGGGUUACUCUGAGACAGAGUUGGUCACUCCAGGCUCAGGUUACCAGUUCAUCCAUGCUGCUGACAUGAUGUACUGCGCAGACAACCACAUCAAAAUGAUGAAGACAGGAGAGACUGGUUUCACCAUCUUCAGGCUGCUGACUAAGGCAGGUGUGUGGGUGUGGGUUCAGGCCAACGCCAGGGUCGUCUUCAAGGCAGGGAGACCCGACUUCAUCAUCGCUCGACAGAAAGCCCUAACAAACGAAGAGGGUGAGGAGCACCUGCGUCAGCGGAGAAUGCAGCUUCCCUUCAACUUUGCCACUGGGGAGGCUCUGCUGUAUGAGUCCUGUCUCUCUGUGAAUACUGCCAUUAUGCCUACAGGACCACCCAUCCCCCCUGGCCUCACUCCCCCAGGCUCCUGCCCUGAGGACAAGCCCCUGGACCCUGCGUCUCUCCUGGGGUCUCUACUCAGUCAGGGCCGCUCUGUUUAUACUCAGCCCCAGGACGCUAACCCUAACCUGGACCUCCAGGUCUUUUCCCCUAACCUAGACACAGCCUUCCCCCAGGACCAGGACCCAGGCCUGGAGAGAGCCUUCCUGGAUAGCCACGCUCUGCUGAGUGUCCCUGGGGAGCUCCAGGGGCCCCAGAGGCUCAGCAGGGGAGACCCCACAGCGCAGGCCAUGAUGGACUCUCUGGGGGAGAUCCUGGAGGAGAUGGGGGCGGGGGGCUUGGAGGGGCUGGAGGUGGAGGAGACAGAGCUGAGGGAGUGGGAGAGCACUCUCCUCAGGAUCAACAUGGAACCGCAGGAUGUGACGGGGGAGCUGUAUGAUAUCUUAGCCAAUGAUGUGUUCUCCUACGUGGAGGAGGCUCUGAUGAGAGAGUGUGAUGAUGGAUGUGUGAUGGGCAGCUUGGGACAGGGCACUGAGCCAAUACACAGACUUUCUGCUCACAUCACUGCCAAUCAAAACAUACUACGUGGGUUCCCUCACUCCCAGAGUUCCAUAUUGCCAGGCAACCAGGGGUUCAAUGGUGGGAACAGCUCCCACAGUGAGAACCAAUGGCAGUUGUCUGGUCCACACAUGACCUCUAACCUCAACAGCUUUGGAGAGCAGAGGUUGCUAGGAAAUGGAGUUGUUGGUGGUGUGGAGCAAGGGCUGGGUUGUAGUCCUGGGACUGUGAGACAGCCACGGAGGACUGUAAACACAAACACACUACCCAGAGCUGCUCAGACUGUUGCAAGGCAAUGGACUCAAGGAAGCUGUGCGGAUCUUUAUGGCAACCAAAUGGUCCCACAACCUUCUCAUACUAUCAACCAACCAGAGUCCUGGAUACCCUCCAUCCAAAAUAUAAAUGAUAAUAACCACACCUCUCUCCCUGUCCCUCUCCCAAACUUUAACAACUAUCUCCCAGAGGCCUUUGACCAAACCAUGCAGCCCAGCUGGAAGUUAUACCACUCUGAGACUGGAGAUGCAAACAGGCAGUUCUCAGGGCAGCCCUAUCCAGGUCUGUCAUAUCAGGACCCAAGGCGGAUACCACAGGGUUUUCCUGCAAAGCCAGUAAACAGACAUUGUCACACACACCCCAAACACAGCACACACAUACCGUCCAAUAACGCACCCAGAACUCAAACACUCACACACACCACACACACACCCUCAGGCAGCUGUAUGUUUGACAAGACUCCAAAUGUCUCCAAUCCCUCCAGCCCCCUUACAACUGCCCCAAGCAGAUCACACGGUCUCAUACCUGCCCCCACUUACUACAAUGAACCCAGACCCUCUCCCACUCUUUCCAAUGACUGUAAAACCAGCUCUUCAACCCAGGCCCCCAAAGUCUUUACGACUUACCCUCAAGCAUCCAUAAUCUCAAGAUCUUCCAAAUCUUAUCCCCUAGCCCCCAUCCCCACCCCCAUCCCCGCCCUAUCCAGAGGGGCUCAGAUGGAUAAGGACACAGGAGCUAUCCCUGCCUGGUCUGGGGCUCCGUAUCUGGGCAUGAAGCAGCUCCCAGGCCCCUUUCCCAGCCCCAAGCAGGUUCCCCAGAGCACCAGGGGAAAUGGCAGCUGUAGUGAUCCCAGUGAAGGAAGCUUGAUGCUGGGUCAGAGGGGGUUGGAAGAAAGCCUCCUUCAUGGAGGUCCGACGCCAGGAUUUCCUCCUGAGAGAACGGAUCUGUAGAGUCAUCUUUAUUCUACUGGAAUGGACAACAACAGGUGAGACAGUGCCGAACUUCAUCUCACUACUGUUUUAACAAGAUUCUCGGGGCCUCCCAUCCUCACAAGUUUAGAUACUGGAAUGUGACCUAAAAUGAGUCUUUAACUCAUCUGUCCUUCCAUAGGUCCCUACCGGUCCUAAUGGUGAUGCGGAUCCUUUUCUCUUCACUGGCAACAUCUUCUAGAUUCUCUAGGACUAAGAGGAACCUACAAGUAACCAUCUCCACAAUGGAACCACAACAUAUUUUGGAAUCUAGGACCUACCUUGGAACCACAAACAUCUUCUGGAAGAAUACAACUGUACAAAAACCAGCACCUCUAUCGAAGACUGUUCCUUGGAGCUGAAUAAUAUUCUAUAUUAUAUUUAAUUUCCUUGUCUGGUUGAAGGGUGCUGCUUUCCAGCCAUGGACAGCCACCGGUUUAAUGUUCAGACUAGGGCUGUUACGGUGACCGUAUUACUGCCACACCGGCAGUCACUAGUCAUGACCGCAAUCAAUUUCCAUGUGACCGUUUAGUCACGCUAACUAGGCUUCUCCCAGCUCUGAUUCUGCUGAUGGUCAUAACUGCUUGGCACUCAGCACUUUAUUGUCCCUCUAAUCACUCUGGCAUCAAUGCAAAUGUAAUUGAAAAUCAAAUCAAACACUUCAUGAGAGCCCAUAAGCUAUGGAAUUGCAUGAGAAAACAGAGUGAUGGCCUCUAUUAAAAAGAGG